AUGUACGGGUCUUCUUCGUUCAAUGGCGUGUGGAAUACUACAUCUCUCAAUGGUGGUAUGGGUUGGCUCUUCCGUGAUGAUGCGGAUUCUUUGUUAGAAGCUUCUUCAAGCUCCCGGCAGUAUGUUCUAACAGCGUUAGCCGUGGAAGCUUGGAAUAUCUGUUUAGCUGUAGCCCCUAGUGAUCGAGAGAGACGUAACUCCCUUCCCCUCUUCUUCUUGCAUUGCCAUCUGCCAUUCUCGAGCCUCACGCAUCCCUUUAGUGGGUUUAUCUUGCUCCGUUAG